CUGCCCAUUUCCCAGCGCUACCCUGUUCGCGACAGUUCGCGCAAGGCUGGAUCCCCACUCUUUAGCCUACAUGAUAGCCUCUGUCCUGUCGUAAGCACAACGCAAAACUUUGACUCCCUUUUGGUGUCCCCGGGGCAUGUGAGUAGAAUUCGACGGGACAAUUAUUAUCUUACUGCAAGCAGCAUGCUACGUAGUCACACUUCAGCACACCAAGCAGAGCUAAUCCGUCUCGGAUUAGAUGCCUUUCUGCUAGCUGGUGAUGUUUAUCGACGUGAUGCCAUCGAUCCCACUCAUUACCCUGUUUUUCACCAGAUGGAGGGUGUACGCUUAUUCUCCAAGGAAGAGGUAGGCUUACUGUGUGGAUUUCACUCAGCCUUAUCCAGUAUUUUUUCUUGA